UUUGGAUCUUCAUUGUGUUCUGGUCGGAAAAACCGGGACGGCCUUCGCGCAGCCCGAUGACGUCAUGCAGCCUCCAAAUGUACACUUUUAGGAUGCGGACCCCGGAUUCAAACACGGCCAAUAAAUAUUUUUCAGUGGCGGGAAUUCGGAGCGAUUCGAUGACGUGUGUGAUCGAUUGGUCGAUCACGCGCACGUCUGACUGCGCGUGAUAAGCGGCACAAUGAAGCUCCGACUGCGCAUGCUCGGCGCGCACACGCACAGCAUCGCUCGGCGGACAACAAAGACGCGCGUCACCGCUCCUGUGCCGCUCGCGACAGGGUCCGAGCGCGCGCACGUACGGACGCACGGCGUGUCGGGGCGCGCUGCAUCUCGCCGCCAUUGAAGGAGAAGAAGAGGAACCAUGAGCUGCAAUUGGGGAGCCGAACUGUGGGAUCAGUUUGAGAAUCUGGAGAAGCACACCAGCUGGGGGAUCGACUUCCUGGAAAGGUACACCAAAUUUGUGAAGGAACGAGCCGACAUCGAGCAGAGCUACGCCAAGCAGAUCAGGAGCCUGUCCAAGAAGUACCUCCCCAAGAGGAGCAGAGAAGAUGACAGCAGGUACACGUGGUGUCUGGCGUUCACGGCCACGCUAGGCCAGCUGAACGAGCUGGCGUUGCAGCGAGAGGAAGUGGCGGAGAACCUGAGCUCUCAGGUGGCGUCGGAGCUGAGCAGAUUCACGCAGGAGCUGAAGGCCGAGAGGAAGUCUCAUUUCCAAGAUGGCCGCCGUGCACAGCAGCACAUGGAGAGCUCCUGGAAGCAGCUGGAGUCUACGAAACGCCGCUUCGAGCGGGACAGUAAGGAGGCGGAGCGAGCCCAGCACAUGUCCAACAGGAUGGAUCUGGACAACAACAUGGAAGCUGAGAAGGCUCGUCAGACGGCUCAACAAAAACAACAAACUGCCCAAGAGUCCAAGAAGGACUAUGUCUCCAGUUUAAACCAGUUCAACCAGGACCAGCACCAACAUUACCACACAAUGGUGCCCGUCAUAUACCAGCGGAUCCAGGACAUGGAGGAGCGUCGGAUCGAGCGAAUCGCAGAGGCGAUGCGUUUGUCGGCGGAGGCAGAAAAGAAGUCACUUCCUGUUGUGAGUAGUUGUUUGGACGCCAUGAUGGACGCCGCGGAGAGCAUCCAGGCCAGGAUGGACACGCGUCAGGUGGUGGAGGUGUACAAAACGGGCUUUGAGCCUCCAGGCGACGUAGACUUUGAGGACUACAGGGCCACCAUGAGGCGGAGCAUCUCAGAAUCCAGUUACCUCGACAACCAAAUUGAGGGGCGGAGACAAAGCAGGAAGUUGUGGCCUUUCCUCCGCAAAAACAAGCUGCUGAACCUCCUGUCGUCACCUCGGCAGCCCCCGCCCCCGCCCCCCACCUCUCCUUCCCCCGGGGGCAUGGCCAGCAGCCCCCAGUCACCACCUCCCGCGCCCAGAGAACCAAUCGCACAGCGCCUCAACGACCUGAUGACCUCUGGCUCCCGCACCAGGAAGCAGUGCCUGCGCAGCCUGAAGCGAGGGCUGUCACUCAAGCUGGGCUCCGCCCCUGCCGACUGCAGCCACCUUCCCGCGGAGCAGCGGCGGAAGAAACUUCAGAGCCGAAUGAACGACAUCGGCCAGGAGAUCCAACGGGAGCGCGAGCAGAGGGACGCGCUGAUCAAGAUGAGGGAGGUGUACGAACGAAACCCUCAGAUGGGCAACGCCGCCGCCCUGGAGCCUCGCUUGGACGAAGUGAGGCGGAGCCUACAGCGCCUGGAGGAGGAGCUGAGGACCAACCAGGCGUGGCUGGCUGAGGCGGACCGCAGGUUGUCGGAACAUGGCGGCGGAGGUCAAAGUUCACGUUUUGGCAGUGAGGGGUCCACACCAGGAAGUCGAAGUUUGAAGCAGCUGGACGGUCGGAGUCCGGCCAGCAGAGAGAGUCCGGACGGCAGCUACACUGAAGACCAAAGUGCCGAAGUCCAGUUCUCCAAGUCGCGAAGUUCAGAGUUUGAUGACGACUUUGAUGAUGAAGAACCGUUGGCGAGCAUCGGCACCUGCAAGUCGCUCUACCCUUUCCAAGGUCAGAACGAAGGGACCCUGUCCAUGUUGGAGGGGGAACUACUUUCUGUGGUGGAAGAGGACAAAGGGGACGGCUGGACCAGGGUCCGCAGGAACUUGGAAGAGGAAGGCUACGUUCCUACCUCCUACAUCAAAGUCUUCCUGGACGCCAACGCCAAAGGCUUUGUGCAGACGAGUCGGCUGGUGUGAUGUCACGUGGAUACAGGAAGUGUUAAAGACGCCAGAUGGACACGUCCCACUCAUUUGAGUAACCAUUGCCGUGGUAACCGUCUACAGGCUUCUAAAUGAGACCACCCCCUUAGGUUGCCACGGUAACCACACAAGUUAAGAAGUAAAAAAGUGUAAAGUGUGAUUACACCACAGGAGGCGCUGUCGUGCACGUGACCCAUCCAGACCAGCAGAGACGUUUUAUUGUGAAAACAGGAUGUAGGAUGAAUCUUGGGAGCAAUGAAUGGCGUUGUAAUGUAAAAAGUCAUCCAUACUUUGUUUCUGUCACCUUCGUGCUUUUCCACCACGCCACACUUCCUGUAUGUUGGCCGUUCAAA